UCGUUCACCCCCCAAAUCUUUCCCACCUGCGAGCGAACUCACCAAGGCGGAGCGAUUUCGAGGGAUUGCCAUCCCGAUCUGCCGAUCUCCCCAUCCUUCGGCAUAUCUUUACCAAAGUAACCGUCCUUUGGUAGGUCGUUUCCUCCCUUCGUUGUUUGAUUUCUUUUGGGCGUGGGGGAAAAAUCCAUGGACAAAGAGAUGCUCGAGACCUUCGAGGCCGCGAAGAAGGCCGCCGACGUGGCGGCGGAGGCCGGAGGCGGGUCGCCCGAGGUGGAUCGGUGCCUGGACGCGCUGAAGCGGUUGAGGAGUCUGCCCGUCACGACGCAGGAUCUGGUGGAAACCCAGGUAGGCAAACGACUUCGCUAUCUCACAAAAAAUCAUCAUUCAAAGAUUCAAGUUGAGGCUUCUGCCUUGUUAGAAUUCUGGAAAAACGUAGUUAUUCAGGAGACUUCAAAUUCUAAGAAAAAUGGAGGUUCUGAAAAUAAAAAUUUGGUGAAAAAUAUUAAAUCUGAGAGACCAGAGGGUGUCAAGGUUGACAAGACUUCAAGGGCUGGGCCUGUCACCAUGGAUGUGAUUUCAACUUCAGAAAGUUCCAAGUUUAUUAAGAAAGAUAGGGAGCGGGGUAUGAAUGCUGAGAUUGCAAAGUCAGAAAGAGACAAGACUGAGAAGAAUGGCGGCAAUGAAUCUGGAGUUCAUUCUGUCAAUGCUGUGAGGAUAACCAAGGGAGAUCACCAAGCUGCUGCUACAAAGAAGUCAUCAGCCGGUCCUCCUAGGCUGACAACAAUGAUCAAAUGUAAUGAUCCUAUGCGAGACAAAGUUCGAGAACUUCUAGCUGAGGCUUUCUCUAAAGUUUCUAGCGAGACCAACGAAGACGAAAGAGAUGAAGUGAGAAAUAUCUCAGAUGAAGUGGAUGCAUGCGAUCCCAUCCGAGUUGCUGUCACGGUGGAGUCUGUGAUGUUUGAGAAACUAGGCCGUUCCAAUGGUUCUCAAAAGCUUAAAUACAGGUCCAUAAUGUUCAACUUGAAGGAUGGAAACAACACAGAUCUUCGAAGAAGAGUUCUCCUUGGAGAGGUGAAGCCUGAGAAACUCAUCAUCAUGACUCCUGAAGAGAUGGCCAGUGACAAGAGGAAACUUUCAAAUAAGCAGAUCAAAGAGAAGGCCUUGUUCGAGUGUGAGCGGGGAGGGCCUCCUAAAGCCACAACUGAUCAGUUUAAAUGUGGCCGAUGUGGACAGAGAAAGACUACUUACUAUCAGAUGCAAACCCGAAGCGCCGAUGAACCGAUGACCACAUUUGUGACUUGCGUGAACUGCAACAACCACUGGAAGUUCUGUUGAGUGCAAAACGCAGCAGAAUGAUCGCUGAAGACCAUAGAUCCUGUCUUCUGUCGUAUUUGAGGCAGUAUCAUACGAAGCUUCUCUUAACUUGUCGAGCUUGAGAAGGACUGGUGCGUUCACGAGCCACGCUUCGUGGUGACCGGUGGCUGUAGAACUCCGGGCGAGCGUCCAUCCCUGCAUUAAAUCUUCUUCCCCCUCGUGCCUCCCAUCUAUGGCAACUGGAAGCUCGUCGGUGGGAGCUGCUGCUCUUCCCAGAACCCUCCAACCAUUGCGUUUUGCCAUUCCGGGCGAUCCAAUCGAUGCUGAUGGCCCCGUUGAUUGAAUCAGGCAUGGUGUUCGACUGACGUUGCUCGCCUCUUCGUGCAUCAGUCUGCUCCUCCUUUUUGGCUCCUCCAUUGCGAGUGCAUGAAGAGGAAAGAUAGGUUAGGCUUAACUUUUGUUGGAGGGCAAGCGGUAAAGUUGUAGAUUAGGUAUGUCAUUUUACUGGGUGAAAGAUGUGUCUCGAUGCAUUCAUGGAUCCAUACACAUCGACUGCAGACCAUCACAAACAGGCCUAUCCACACUUAUUGGGUGUCAGAUCUACUUGCAUGACCAGUUCUCCUUUCCCGCACUUGAUGACAGUCGCAAGCAUCGAGCAGAUGACCUCCAUGCAUGCACGAAGCUACUGAACAGGGCUUUCUAACGAAACCAUCCAACCUCCUCUUCCUUAUAUAUCUCCGAGGGCUGCUUCUUUCCUCGAAGACGAUCAUGGAUGAUGAGCUGCAAAGCUGCGGAGGCCGGAAGAGGACUGCCACCACCAUAGCAUUGCGUCCGCGAGAGGAAGGCCUCAAGUGCCCGCGAUGCCACUCCCCCAACACCAAGUUCUGCUACUACAACAACUAUAGCUUGUCCCAGCCGAGACACUUCUGCAAGACCUGCCGCCGGUAUUGGACCAUAGGUGGCGCGCUCCGGAACGUGCCCAUGGGUGGCGGCUCCCGCAAGAGCAAGAAGUCCAAGUCCUCGUCGGCGUCCCGCCUUCCGGUGGAUCCCGUCCGUGGACUCGCCGAAACAGGCAGCGGCCUCAGGUUUCUCGAUGGAGUACCGUCUUCUGUGGCCAUGGACUUCCACAUACGUCUGCAUGCUCCACCUGCAUCUGGGGCUUUCAGCUGCAGCAACCAGUGCAUCAACUUUGUCGACAUCUCACGCAGUACAACGUUCUCUUCUUCUUGUACUACUGCUGCUCUUCCUCCUCCAGUGGGCUUCGAUUACCCAGUCCCUGCUGCUGCAGGUGUGUAUGGUGAGGUCGGUGGUACUUCUAUAUCCUCUGCUGUGAACGGCAUCAGCGUAUCCUCCAUCGAGCCCCUGAGCUCCAUCAGCCAGGACCUCCAUUGGAAGCUUCAGCAGCAGGGACUCUCCAUGUUCACCGGACUCUCACCUCGUCCACUGGAGAACCAACAGACGCUCAAAUCUUCUGAUAUUGCAGGCAGAGCCGGAGCCGAAGCUUGUGAGGUUAAUGGAUCCAGAAAUCUUUGUGUUGGCGCUGGGGCUGAUAGUUCACCAGCAUGGUUCCCGGACAGUUCUUACACCAUGCCGACUUCAAACAGCAGUAUGCCUUGCAACACCAUCAGCAACAACAUCAACGAGAGCGCCAAGAGUGUCACCAACGUCAAUAACAUGAGCUAUUGGGGUGGAACCUCAGCAUGGAAUGAGACGCCACAGUUCUCCACACUGCCUUAGGAAAGAAGAAGGCCAAUGGAAGAGGUAGUAUGACAGAUGUGAUCUCUCCAGUUCACUGCUGCUCCUUUCCGUAAUCGUUUGCAGUUAAGCAGUCUGGGGAGUGUGAAGGAUGGAAUGAUGUUGCAAUCUUCUCCUGGCAGUCAUUUCAACUUCCUACUUUCUUUCUCUUGCUGAAAGAGUGUAUAUAUAUUUAUGUGUUUAUCAGCUGCUUCUGAUCAUAAUUUCUGCAAAUUCUCAUAGUGAUGUGUUCGAGUUCUUAUAAAACAUGUAAAUGAACAUACUCUCAGUUAAUCUUGAGCUUCUCUUUCUUUC